AUGGCUACUACACUUUGGAAGGGUCUGGUCCUGGGGCCUCUUCUGCCAAAACUUCUGCUGGUAUUUGCAGCUGGGAACCCUUUCAUCUCUCUGAAGGGCCCAGAGCAGAGGACAACCACUUCAAAUUCAGUGCCUUUUACCUGCACCGCUGGCCUUUUCAGCUCUCGAAACCUCAAUGUCAACUGGUUGAAGGACAAUAAUAAAUACCUAGCCCAAGCCCCACAACUGGAGUCCAUCAGUAAAGAUGUUUACUACGUCACAAGCAAGGCAUGGGUGUCAUUGGCCAAACAAGAUAUUUUUUCUCAGAUCACCUGUGAAGUCACCCAUGCGGACCUCGAUGAGCCCCUAAAAAUGACCAUGAAUCUUUCCCAAGUGCUCCUAGUUAUCCCCACACUGAAGAUCACCACGGAACCUCCGGAGAUCCAUGAUCAUGGGCAUCAAAGAGUGAACUUGACUUGCCAUAUAAACCACUUCUACCCCCAAGCCAUGCAACUUACCUGGAUUAAGAAUGGGCACAAGAUCCCGAUUCUUGAGGUCCCUCAGGCCACCAGAAACUCUGAUGGGACAUACUCUCUAAAGCACACCUUGCAGGAAGAUGUCAUGUCGGACGAGAGCACCCGAUUUAGCUGCUUGGCAACUCAGAAUGAGUACCCUUCACAGGGGAUCAGCAUUACCCUGGGAGCUCAGGCCCCCCAUAAGGGCAGAGGAAUGAGAGACUACUCCAAUCACCUUGAAGGCCCCCUGCAGCGGUCUUCAGCUGGAACAAGCAUCCAAUUGAAGUACUCAUCCUCUAAGUUACCAACGCAACACGUUACUGUGACCUGGCUCAAAAACAACCAUAGCCACCUCCAGACUCAGACCAAUGUCUUCACCAGUGGAAAUACCUACAGUGUGACUAGCAGUGUGCUUGUCCCACUGGAGAGUGAUGACAUACUAUCUUCAGUUCUCUGCCGGGUUGAGCACAAGUUUUCAGUGAUUUUCCAGAAGGUCAUCAACUUGGACCAGUACCUCAGUGUUCCUCCUUCAGUCAGACUGUUCCAGUCUUCAACUGCCACCAGUCCGGUGACUGUCACUUGCCUUGUGCAGAGAUUCUAUCCAGAGAAAGUAUAUCUCACCUGGCUGGCGGAUUGCCAUGUGCUCAAGAGAAUGGAGCAAACUAGACCUAAGAGGAAUGAGGAUGGGUCCUACACUCUGGAAGUCUCACAGUCGGUAAACACAUCACUGCAGAGGCCUGAUCAAGUAAUCACUUGCAAGGUAGAACAUGAAGCUCAGCCUCCUAUCCAGGCCAGCAUUAUACUGACAUCCUAUGUCACGGCCAAAACCAUUGGGAACCUAAGUUCAGAGAAAUAUGUCCACAUUUUUGUGGCUUUCCUCCUAUGCUUCAAGGGACUUCUGGAGCUCAAAUGCAGAGAAGAUGCAAGGAUCUGUUGA